AUGAAGAUCUUGCAAGUCGGGCCGCAGCUUCUGACCAAUCGGGAGGUGUAUAGCAUCGUGACGGAGGAGCUUCCGCACCUGCGUGACAGGACAAGGCUCCUAGACAAGGAGGAGGGCAAGGCGCGGGACGACCGCGAGGGUUUGCGGCGUCAUCUGGAGGCAAACGAGCGGAUGGCCAGCUACUUGGAGCGCUGCAGCCCUCUGGUGACCAAGCAUGACAACGCGGCAGUCGGUCGAUUUCUGGAUGGGCUGGCAGAGUUGGGGAAGAAGGAUUUCGCGGACGACGAAGUGCUCCAGCUUGUGAACAUGGGCCCGAUUGAUCCACUGUAUAUCUUCGGCAUCUGCGAAGACAGCGAUCGACGAUUUGGCGAAAAUGACUUGCAGCAGAUCUGUGGCCUGGCACAGCAGCACUUGG